AUGUGCAACCGAACAUUACAAGAGAGGAAAGACCAGGGGCAUGUGCAAGAUCCCAUUCUUAUUCCUGUUCAAAAUCCCAUUGAUGUUCCUGAUCAUCAACAGUUUCGUUUGGGUGAUGAAAUUGCUCACGUAUUGAGGGUUCAGUUUGGUCUAAAUCAUCAGAUGGCCAACCGACCUGCUUAUCAGAGACCGUUUCCAGAAAGGAUUAUUAAUGAAUAUCCUCUCCCAAGGAAUUACAGGCCACUAGAAUUUCAUGCUUUUUCUGGAGAGGAUGGAUCCUCCACUAUAGAGCAUGUUGGGCGUUUUACAGCACAGUUAGGGGAAAUUGGUAACAAUCCUUUUUACAAGUUACAAAUGUUUGGAUUGUCCCUAACUAGGACUGUUUUUUCAUGUGAAAAAGAUAUGACCAACUUAGUGGUCCGAAACAUGCAUGGUCACCUAAGGGAUGCACUCACUGUACAUGAUGUCGAGGAUUUGGCAAGCCUCGCAUCCAAGUCUGGACGUUUAGAAUCUCUUUUCAGGGAAAGGGAUAAAAAUUUCAGGCGUAAUAAAGGCCAACAUAUGGCUAGUAUGGAAACAGAGGCAUACAACUUUGAAUAUGAUCAAACAGAAGAGAUGGCGGCCGAAAUCAUCUUUGGAAAGCCUUAUGUUUGCUCUAAGCUAAAACCAGCACCAGGAACAGAAGCUAAAGGGCAACCGACCUUUGACAAUACAAAGGCCGAUGAGAUAUUUGAUAUUCUGCUAACUGAUGGUCAGAUCCGAAUUCCAAAGGGGCAGAGGCAUGAAUCGUACUCAGAUUUGAAAUGCCAAGCGCAGGUACGCUCCGAGAUACAGAGACAAGGUCGCCUCAUAAAAGCAAUCGAAUGA